GGGCUGAAAGGCGGCUGGGUGGCGCCGCUUGCGCUGCCUGGGUUGGAGCGGUCGCUGCCGGCCACGCGACCGGGGCUGGAGCUCCUGCCGGCGCCGCCCGCCGCUGGGGCGCAGGAGCAUGUGGACGAGGAGGAGGAAGGAGAGUCGGAGGAGCAGGAGCAGCAGCAGGAGCAGCGCCAGCGGCGGCGGCGGCCGCAAUGGGAACGCGGUGGCGGCGGCGUGGGGAGCAGCGGCAGCAGGGAUCGUCGCGCAGCUCAUGGCGGCGCUGUCGUCCGCGCCAGCGCCGGCCCGAGCUCUAGAGCGCCCGCUCCCGUUCCGGGCGCGCCCUCACAGCGGCGGGCGGCGGGCUUGCUGGGGGAUCCCGGGGGACAGGGUGCCACUGCCGCUGGCUUCGCUGGCAUGUUUGAUUAG